AUGCUUGCUCAGAGCCCAUCAGCGACGCCACCGGUUCCUGAUGACGCUGUUGGUGUUGACACCGCGGGUGGCGUGCGCUUCGUCGCCGUUCCUGGCAGCGGUCUCGAAGAGACCUUUCCCCGGCCCGGCGUCAAAACUGUGGGUGGCACAGCAUUGCCUGCCUCUGCGAGCCCAAGCACUCUGUCACCUCUUCUGGCCAGCAAUUUUGGUGGAGUGGAAGAUGGGGGUGUUGCAAGGGCGACGACUGCAGCUGCUUCCACCCAAGCCCCAGAGCUGAAGAUGUCUGACUGGGUCAACGCAAGGAGAAGUGUGUUGUCUACCCUGGUGCACCACAACGUCCCACAACGUAUCCAGAGCAGGCGUGCGAGGGCGGCGUCGUCCAACACCAACGGGCGCAACCACAGCACCAGUUGCAGCCGCGGCAAGCCUCCAGCUCCCGCCUCGUCUUCCGCUUCCGCGUCAUUAACAGCAGUGGCGCUACCACCACCAGCGUGGGAGCAUGAAGUAUUCCUGAACACGGGAAAAAACGCGGCCGCAGAAGCCGAGGCAGCUCAAACGUGGAGCAAGGAGGAUGAGAUGGCCCUGCGCGGGAGAAUCCGAGACACGAUUACGAAGAUUGAAGAUUUGUCGGGAGGGUUGGAAGGCUCUGGCGGGAAAGAGCGCGAGGGGGAUGACGGAAGGGGGGGAGGAGCAGAGGCUCAAGGAAGAGGAAACGGACCGGGACCAAUCCCUGCCGGGGCGGGCAGGAAGAAAAGGAACAAUCACAGAGGUGGUGCGGUGAACCAAGCGGGGGGGGGCGAGGGCAGCAUAAAAAAUCUGCACGAGUCUUUGCUCCUCUCGAUGGAGCUUGUUGCCACUGGCGAGAAGCACGCCUCUGCGAACACCACAACCAUUGCAGACAUGUCCGAGUGGCUGUCUCACCUGGAGCGGAAGCAGCUCAUAAACAUCAGCCAGGAAGAGGCGAUGGAAGGAACCACCAUGGCAGGCGUCAUCCUCGACGAAGGCCUAGCGGUUGGAGAUUGUAUCCGUGAUUACAGGUCGUCCGGGCCAAUCGGGCUGGUUGAAAGACACCUCACAAACCUGGAGAUUUCAGUGAAACAACAUCCCGUAACACGCAGUGAUCAGACAUCGUCAGCGUUCAAGCGACUGGCGUCCAUCUUCAAGACCGCUUGCGCCGAGACCGAGCGCGCAACCAAAGAGCUGGUCGCGAGGCUUACCGAAGAUCCUACAGGAGACGAGGGGGCGGGGCCAAAGGAAGGCGGGGGAGGUGGGACGGAAGCGGGUGCAGGAAAGGAGGCCGGAUCAAUUGCAGGGAACGUGCAGUCUGCGGAGUCGGUGAUCAAGGCUCAGAAAGUACAGCGCAUCAAAAUCAUGCAGGAGGCCGCCAAGACCAACGAAGAAGCCCAAGGGGUGAUCAACCAGCUUAAGACUGAAUCGAUGAACACGAUCGUUACGACGAAUCUUCGUAAGGACAACAUGAAGUGGAACGCCCUCGUGUUGGAGUACGAGAUGAAGAUUAAUUACCUGGAGCGCGCUUUAGCGCAGGAGGAGAGCAAGCUGAGGAUCGCAGAGCAGGUCCUCUCGAUGAGGGAUUUGGACUUGUUCUAUACAUUUCUCGCUUCUUGUUGA